UCUGCCAGCUUGCCAGAGAAGAUCAGGAGGCUUUUCUCUUCUGGUUGCUACAGCACGGCAGUGGAGGAUGCAGCUCGGUGACAGAGAGGGCCACUGAGCUUUUGGUGCUUUCUUUCGGUCUUUCUGUGGGAAACAGCCCUCGAUACCCUAGGAAGAGUGUCCGCACCUGUUGUACAAAAUGGCAGACAAGGACAGUGUGGAAAAGUAUUUGGAGAACAACCCCCAGUUUGCCAAAGAGUAUUAUGACAAGAAGGUACGGGUGGAGGUCAUCACAGCCGCUUUCCGUGAAAACCUUGACAUCAAAGACCCGUCCUCGUACAAAGAUGUGUCUCAGAUCCAGGAGGCCACCAUCAUAUUUGACCUGAUCAAGGAGCUGCAGACUGAGGAGGCCAUGGAGAAGAGCAUGCACAAGGUCCUGCAACGGAUAUGCUUGUUGGUGAACGCGGACCGCUGCAGCUACUUCGUAGUCCGGGCUAGAAACGGAAUCCCUGAGCUGGCCACAUGUCUUUUCGAUGUCACCCCUACCUCCAAAUAUGAGACCAAUCUGGUAAACCCUUUGGCCGAAAUUGUCUUCCCCACUGAUGUUGGCAUAGUUGGGCUGCUGGCCACGAGCAAAAAAGGAGUUAACGUUCCAGAUGUGAAGCAGAAUCCCAAGUUCAGCGACUUUGUGGAUAAGCAGACAGGGUACACUACCAAAAAUUUGCUGGCUGCCCCCAUUUUGAGUGGAAAGGAUCCUCUUGGAGUCGUGAUGGCACUGAACAAAGUUGGAGGCACGGAAUUCUCCAAAGUAGAUGAGGAUCUCUUCAACAAGUAUCUAAACUUUGCCUCAGUCGUUGCUCUUCAGCAUUACACCAAGUAUAUGUGGAAUGUGGAAUCCAGAAGAAGUCAGGUUCUUCUCUGGUCCGCUAGCAAAGUGUUUGAAGAACUGACGGACAUUGAGCGACAGUUCCACAAAGCUCUGUACACUGUGAGGACCUACCUCCAAUGCGAGAGGUACUCUGUGGGGUUACUGGACAUGACCAAAGAGAAGGAAUUCUAUGACGAGUGGCCAGUUAAACUGGGUGAUGUGGAACCAUAUAAGGGUCCCAAGACACCUGACGGCAGGGAAGUCAACUUCUACAAAAUCAUUGAUUAUCUCUUAGAGGCUAAAGAAGAGAUCAAAGUCAUACCGGGACCUCCUGCAGACCACUGGGCCCUUGUUAGUGGCCUCCCAACCUACGUGGCUGAGAAUGCCUUUAUUUGUAACAUGAUGAAUGUUGCUGCCGAUGAUUACUUCGCGUUCCAGAAAGCAGCAGUUGAUGAGACAGGUUUCAUCAUCAAGAACGUUUUGUCCCUCCCCAUUGUGAACAAAAAAGAGGAAGUCGUCGGCGUCGCCACGUUCUUCAACCGGAAAGAUGGCAAGCCGUUCGAUGAGCAAGAUGAGCAGAUCACUGAGGCCCUCACACAGUUCCUGGGAUGGUCAGUGCUUAACUGUGACACAUAUGACAAACUGAACAAAACCGAAUGGAAGAAGGAGAUUGCACAGGAGAUGGUGAUGUACCAAACUAGAGCCUCCUUGGCAGAGGUCCAGGAGAUUCUGAACACGAAGGAGAAGUUUGACAUGGAUCCAGAGGACUGUGAUCAAAAAGAGAUGUACAAACUCUUGAGAGCAAACAUACCUGAAGCCAAGGAUGUGGACCUGCUGGAAUUCCACUUCAGCGACUUUCCUUUAUCUGAGUUCGACCUUAUCAAGUGUGGCAUCCGCUGCUUCUUUGAACUCGGUGUGGUAGAGAAGUUCAAAGUGCCAGCAGAGAUUCUGACCAGAUGGAUGUACACAGUCAGGAAGGGUUACAGAGACAUUACGUACCAUAACUGGAGGCAUGGCUUCAAUGUGGGCCAGACUAUGUUCUGUUUACUGCAGACCGGAAGGCUGAGAAAAUACUACUCAGACCUUGAUGCCUUUGCAAUGGUAGCGGCUGCUUUUUGCCACGAUAUCGACCACAGGGGUACCAACAAUCUCUACCAGACAAAGAGUGCUGCACCUUUGGCCAAGCUUCAUGGGUCCUCUAUCUUGGAGAGGCAUCAUCUUGAGUAUAGCAAGACUCUCAUGGCAGAAGAGAACUUGAACAUUUUCCAGAAUCUACAAAAACGGCAGUUUGAAACUGUCCAGCACUUACAUGACGUUUGCAUCAUUGCCACUGAUCUGGCCUUGUACUUCAAGAAAAGAACAAUGUUCCAGAAGAUUGUUGAUGCCACAGAACCAAUGCCAGAUGAAAAAGAAGCCAUCGCCUAUGUGUCCAACAACCCUACCAGGAAGGAAAUUAUCAUGGCAAUGAUGAUGACUGGCUGUGACUUGUCUGCCAUCACAAAGCCAUGGGAGGUCCAAAGCAAGGUGGCUCUGAUGGUAGCUGCUGAAUUCUGGGAGCAGGGAGACCUGGAGAGGAAUGUGCUUCAGCAAGAACCCAUUCCCAUGAUGGACAGAAACAAGUCCGACGAGCUGCCCAAGAUGCAGUGUGGUUUCAUUGAUUUCGUCUGCUCGUUUGUCUACAAGGAGUUUUCGAGGUUCCAUAAGGAGAUCACCCCGAUGUUUGACGGCCUGAACAACAACAGAGCCCACUGGAAAGAGCUGGCUGACGUUUAUCAAGCCAAACUAGAUGCCAUCGCUAAUGAGAAGAAGAAGCUAGAGGAAGCAGAGAAUAAAAAAGAUGGGGACGGAGGGAAGUCCAAAACCUGCACCAUAUUUUAAAAAGGCGGCGUUGGAGGGAAAGCUUCAUCACCCAAUCGUACAUGACAGCAGGUGGAAAGUGCCCCCUGCCCCCUCUUUCUGUGACAUUCAAGCAAACAGUAAAUCCAUCCACCAUGGAUGAAAGGAUGGACUCUAUGCUCAACUUCUCUUGUGGAAGGUCUCAGCGCAGAAACACCUGCAAAACUUGAACAACACACAUGGUCUGAUGCUUGUUUUUCUGCUGUAUGAUUAGUUCCUAAGGGAGAGAGAUCGCAGCACUUGCAGUAACUAUUGCAUUCGCCCUGGUGAUAGGGUGGCUUGUGUGCGUCAUGCACGAGAAAAAGUUUAAGGCACUAUCAUUUAGCAGGGAAAGUUUAAUGUUUGCAAUGAAAUAAUUACUGUCCAUGCGAAUUUUCCAUUCCGAUGCGGUCCAUAACACUUAAUAUGUCUAGAGUUUAGACAGGUUCUGUUACUUACACAGGGAGCAACACAGUUUGAGCCGGUUACCAAACAAGGGCAAAUUUGAUUCACGAAAAAUGUAUUCAUUUAUUUAGCCUACCUUGUCUUGCACAUUACAGGUAUAUGAUGAUUGAGACAAUAUAUUUUUGAAUCACUGUUAACUGUCUACCUUUUCUACGCUUUUCUCUUUAGAGGUAAUGAAACUGAAAACAUGAUCUCCGCAACUCACUGACGCUAGAAUCACCGUUGACUGCAUUUUUGCGUGCGACAGUUGCGGCCGAAUGUUUGACCUUCCACUUUGACUAUUUAAUGAGACUUAAAUGUAUGUCAAAUCAUAGUUGUUAAAAGUUUUCGUUUGAUCGCAACAAAUAUGACAUGUUACAUAGAACAUACAUUUACGAUAGGACAUUAAAUGUUUACCUAAUGGGAAAAAUUGGUGGUAAAUCCGCAUGUAAAACCACAAAAAAAAAGGAAUGGGCUAUUAAAGGGACAAUUAAAGCAGGCAAAGCUAAAGAACUACUAAAGAAUGCUGGGCUUAAGAUAAAAGGAAGCUGAGAUUCACUGUUUUCUGUUGUUUAAAUACCAUGCUUAUAUAACCUAGGCCCCAGGAGGCUCUCCAUGUCCGCCGUGAGCUGGAGCACAUAUUUAGAAAUCAGGUACAGUCUGGUCAAAGGUGGUGUAUUUUUUUUGUCUCAUAUUUGAGGACAAGUGAGACACAGCCGGUAGAUAAAGACGAGCGUCAAAAAAAUGAACUGUAAUUGUGGAGAGACUCCAACACAAAUGUAGUUCUCAGACCACACCUUGCCGGACCAGAAAACAAUGCUUUAAUAUUGUUGUCCAACACAGUGCUAGAAACCCUUUCAUGUUAUGCAAUGUAUACCCGUGACCCGAUGGCAAAUCGGUUUAGACCUUUAAAUGGUAAAUAAACUGGCCAUUCUGAAGCUAGAACACUUUCCCUAGAAUGGCGUUUCCCUUAAUCCUAUUUAAAGACAGGUCAGACAGAAGGGACUGUGAUAUGAAUAAAUAAAAAAAGUUAAUCUCACUGAAUGGGCACAAAUUGUGUACAUUCUGUGCUUGUUGUGUAUGCAAGCCACUGUGACAUGUACUACUGAUGUAUCAUCCUCUUGAAAGACUGUAGAAUUACCAUCCAGUGUCCUCUUAUUUAACUGACUGUGUAAAAUGCUGUAAAUCAUGAAAACAAAUAAAUGCAUUGUUCAAAUGUCA